UGGUGGGGGAAAUAGUCAACCUUUGGUUUCUGUUUCAGAUAGUGAUAGUGAGACAAGGUUUACCUUUAAUGUAAAGAGUUUUCCGCACCAAGGACAAAAAUAUUUAGCGUCGUGGUCGGGGUGCAUUUUGUGCUUGAUAAAAAGUAGUAUAAUGUUUUACUCCGCUGCAAGAUUCCAGCAUACAUAAAUCGAAUCACGUUCAGUAGUUUUUCCAUGAAAGAGAAGCAAAUAUUCAAAAACACAUUCACGAUCAUAAUAUAGGUAAUAUAACAUACUUGUUAAUAUACGAUAAAACGAUGUUGUCUAACAUGCGUCUAUAUUCUGGUAUAUCGAGUAAGGUUCGUGCUCAAAAAUAUGUCCUUACCAAAUAUUUUGUGGGCGAGCCAAAAAAAAACGAUUUUCAAAUAGUUGAAGAGACUCUUCCAGACUUAAAAGAUGGAGAUAUUUUGACAAAGGCGGAGUUUUUGAGUGUUGAUCCAUACAUGCGUGCAUACAUGGCAGCAUACAAAUUACCGACAGAUAUGAUUGGAGGUCAAGUUGCGAAAAUCAUAGAUAGCCGUAAUGAAAAAUAUCCAGUUGGUAAAUAUGUAGUAGCUUCAUUUGGUUGGCGCACACAUACCGUUUGCAAUCCGGAUAAAUCAUCUAGUUCACUGGAACUUUCACUUCUACCAGAAUUAGGAACUUAUCCAAUUUCUCUGGCCUUGGGUGUAUUAGGAAUGCCAGGAAAUACAGCAUAUUUUGGACUAAAAGAGUUAUGCCAACCAAAACCUGGUGAAACAUUAGUUGUCACUGGAGCUGCAGGGGCUGUGGGGUCGCACGUUGGUCAAAUAGGAAAAAUAUUAGGUUGUAAUGUUAUUGGAUUUGCCGGUUCCGAUGAAAAAUGUCAAUAUCUGGAAAAUGAGCUUGGAUUCGAUAGAGCUUUUAACUAUAAAACAGUUGAUAUAAAGAAAGCACUUAAAGAAGGAGCACCUAAACGUGUAGACUGCUACUUUGAUAACGUUGGUGGUGAAAUCAGUUCCACUAUAAUUAACUCGAUGAACAAAUAUGGUCGGGUGGCGAUAUGUGGGGCAGUCUCUUCUUAUAAUGAUGCGGCUUUACCAAAAGCAACUAUUCUUCAGCCGGCAAUAGUACAGAAGGAGUUAAAAGUUGAAGGAUUUAAAGUUACCCGAUGGAAUAAUCGAUGGGAGGAGGGAGUUCAGGCCAACUUACAAUGGCUGAAAGAAGGAAAGCUAAAGUACAGAGAGAAAACUUACUAUGGUUUUGAAAAUAUGGUUGAUGCUCUUGUAGGAAUGUUGCGUGGUGAAAAUACGGGCAAAGCUGUUGUAAAAAUUGAAUAAUAUGUGUAUACAUAUACAUAU